AGUUUUGUAGCGAGCAGCUGUGUGCCUUGGCUGCAUGUGACGUUCUAGGGUUUGCUUCAAUUGCGCGGGCACUAGCGUCCGUAUGUGGCUGCAUGUGAUGGGACCAAAUCUUCGUUUAUUGUUUAUCCACUUCAAUCUGAUCCCAAGCCAACUUGAGAGUACAACACUUUACCUAUCUGGCCCUCGGGCACAUUCACAUUGUCAUCACGACUCGAACGCAGCUCACAACAUGGCCGAGUCCAAGGGAGCCGAUCAAGAUGUUACCAGCAGCCGACUUGUCGUCGCCCAUCAGGUCGUCGCUGAUCAAGUCGUCACUGUUGGUCAGGUCGCAGCCGUGAAAGACACCACCGAGGAUGAGAACAAGCAGGCGAAUUAUCUGGAGACACUACCAGGCGAACUGAUCGGCAUUGUCGCCUCGCAUACAGACAUCCUCGACAAUGCCGCGUGCCCGAUAGAAGCGUCGAUCCACAAAAAGAAGAGCACAGCCUUACACGCACUGCGCCUCACAUGCAAGGCACUCUUCAGGGGCUCGGAGGACGAGUGGAACCGUCGACACACGCAGAAUAUGGUGGUGAGACUCGCUCCUGGAGCCAUGCAUGCCAUCAUGAGCUUUUCCUGGUCUCCCAAAUGUUUCGCACGAGUGGCGAAAGUGGAUUUCUUCCCACCAAAAACCGCGAAGCUGCAGACUGACUUCAUGGUUGGUGCCCAUGCCACGGACUUCGGCCUUCUGCUGGAGGGCUUCUUGCGAAAACUCUCAUGUCUACAGUCGGUCGAAGUGCACGACAUGUGGCCCCCAUUUGGCAUAAAGCAAGGAACGUCGCCAUCGCUUGAGGUCUCAUUGUUGCUUCGUACUCUGGAGACAAUUGAACCACCGAAACUCAAGCGCAUUGUGCUGGGCAGCUUGGUUCAUUCAACCUCGUCCAUCAAGCUGUUCCUGCGAGCUAUGGGACAAAAUCUGCGCUGUCUCAGCAUUCAAGAGGUUGACAUCUGUUCCGGAACUGUGAAUCCCAUGCUCGCUUGCAUCCGGGAUGAUCUGCAGCUGAACGAGCUAUACUUGGGAGCUCUACGCCAUACUGAGGCAAACAGACACGUAUGGUUUCUCGAUGCCGGACACAUAGCAUCAGCGCGCGAGCACAAGUGGUUUCGUGGUACCUUGAGUAGAAAGCUCGAACGCUACUCGAUCGCCUGGCGGAGGCUGGAAGCCAUCGGCGAGGGCGCAGUCAAGCUAGCUCUGAACAGAGUGCUGCAGCGUUCGGAGAGUAACUUGUACGAUGCUAGCAUGACCAAAGAAUCUUUGGGCUUCUAGAGGAGCCGACAUGCGACACAUUUAUUGCCUUGUGGCUUCGUGGAAAGUUGGAAGGGAAGCUCGAGCAUUAUACCCUAGGCUGGAACACAGUGGACGCCAAAGACGAAUACGCGGGCAAACUGGCUCUGAAAAGGAUCCUGCAGCUUGAAGGAGACGACCUAUACGAUGCGGGCAUUUUGGGGACGAUGCGAUCUUAGGGGUAAAGGGUAGUAUGGUGUUCGAUCCAGCGAUUACGGUUGCUGCGUUUGAGGAGAGGUGUUUGCCAUCCUGAGACAUGAUUCUGGAGUGCGUGGUGGGAAGAG